AUGACAAAUAAAAUACUAGAUCCAAUCUUUAGAUUAUACGAUCCAAUUCGUUAUUCAUUUAACAAGAAAAAAGAGGAUUAUAUUAUCAUCUCACCCACUGUUGGUUCUAAAUCCCAAUUGAAUGAUGGUGGUAGAAUUACCUUCGAAAUAAAUUCAUUAUCGAAUUGGUUGCUUCUUUCCGAUGCUUAUUUCAGAUGCGAUUUCAAAAUUAAAGAAGCCACACAGAAUCAAGUUCCACAAACAAAUACAACGUUAGAAAACAAUUUCUUUCCAUCUUUAUUUAGCGAGAUGGUUUUGGAAGCUGGUUCAAAUCCGAUAGAAACAAUCAAACAUCCUGGGGAAUUCGACACAAUGUUGAAAACAGGUUUAUAUCCUAAAGAUUUCGAUUCAGUCUCAGGUUGGAUACCUGAUGUUGGUGAUGGAAGUAUUUUAAAAGAACCGGUAAGAAAUCUUGCAAAUGAUGCCGAUUUAGCUAGAGUGAGAGUUGUUGAUCGAAACACGAUAGAAAGAGUAGGACGAGCAGUUAAUCAUGGAUUCGAAAAACGAGUACUUCAGUAUAAUAAUGUUGUUGAGAAUAAUAGAUUACAACAACUCGGAUUAACGGAAAAUCUACAAACUCUAUUUCAACCCAUAUUAAAAUCUCAAGAGGAUAUUAAAAGGAAAUUAGAAUAUAAACCUCCUAUAGAACCUACACCUCCUAUAGAAGGAGUGUUAUAA